AUGCAACUCGACCUAGAAAUCACAAGUGUAAAUAAUUUUGUUGUACUUUGUUCUUUAGGGCUUGUAUUUUCAGUUGAGCCUAUCUCAUUGGUUUGCUUGUAGUUAUAUAUAACCCCCAACACCACUUUUACUUCCUCGCUAAAUGACACUUAGUAUUGUUCUUAAAUUUCUGCUGGUUGAAUCUUGUAAUGUUGUCAGGCCUUCUUUGGAAAAACUAACUAGGCCUUUUGGCUCAUUCGAGGACUUCUGCCUAUGUCACAUAAACUAAUGUUGAAUGUUAAAAAGCUACUAAAAAAACGAUCAUACUAUCAAAAGCAUGCAAGCCACAUGGAUCAGAUGUUCCAUUUCCCUUUCAGCAAGCUCUGGGAUUAAUGAAUGAAGCCAAAAAAACUGCUAAAAACUGCCAAAGAGUCCAUAUUUAAAGCAGAAUUAAAAAUCUAAAAGCUAUAAAUUGGUAGAAAAACCUGUUUUAGUCUGUAGCUAAUUCUUCCAUUCACAACAAUAGUAGAGAGGAUGCCAAGAUUCAGGUUCAAAACAUAUGGGUGAUGUCACAAAGAGUUUUCCCAUUUUUACACACAGUCACAAGCCAUCAUAAAUGAUGUGUGUUCAUUAAUAAUAAGAUCAUUUUAAAAUAUUGCGUCCAUGUAGGUGUUGACUAAGUAAAUAAUAAAUAAAUCAUAUAAAAGAAAGUAUUUAAUACGAGUAUGCUGUGUUUGAAUCUGUCAUUUCUUAUAAUGUGUCGUGGCUCUUGAUGCAAUCAUAUUAAUGUAUAAGAAUCUGUGUUACGUAUACAUCCUCAAUAGCAUUGUCUUUGUGUACCUUUGUCACUGGAGAUAAUCUGGAGAGUUUUGUGCAGGUCUCAAAAAUAACUGACAUCUGGGCAGAGGUCAAUAAAUGAUGACAUAUAUCGCCACCUAGUGUAGAGGAGGAGGACAUGUUCCCAUGAGUUAUUUGAUUUUUAUCCGCUGCAUGUAAACUGGGACAAGGACUGUAGUCAGGAAGUCGAAUUUUGAGCUUAGCUCGAUUCAGCUCUGCAUGUAAACGCACUGGGUGUUGUUCUUGGUUCUGAAACAACGGUAGGGAUCCAUUAUAGACAGCGGCUGUCAUAAUAUUCAACUGCACCCCAAAUCAGGUCAGAGUCUAUUUGCAGAGGAACUGAAAUCAAUCUGGAGACUUGACCAGAGACAUAUGUAAAGCUGCUCCCCCUACAUGAUGGUGUGUAUUUGCAUAUAGAACACAAAGUAAGAUUGUAUCUAGAUAGCUGACUAGAGACAUAUGGUAUGUCGAUAUGCAUUUAAUGCCAGGCCGGCCUAACAACAAACGCUUGCCCCUGGACCGUCUGGGACAUUAAACCAGCCACGUUGGAGACAGUUACUUUUAUAGGUUGCCUUGUGGGUCAGCUUCUUCCAGUGUUGUACUUUGAGCCAACAUAAAUAUGAUAUAGGCCGUAAAGAUCACCUUUUUGUGAACUGUAACCGGUUUGAAAGUUAACUUUCACGCGAGUUUUUAUGUUUUCAGCCGCUAACGUUGAUUGGACUUUGCGUUUCCUCUUAUAUCAGCUCACUUUGGUUCUGAAACAGCAGUAGUGAUCCACUAGAGACAGCGCCUGUGCAGCACCCCAAAUUAUAUCAGUGUUUAUUUGCAGACACAAAACUGAGAUUGUAUUUGGAGAGCCAGCUGACAUACGUGGAAACUGAAUGCAAUCGUUAACGUAGGAUCCUCGGGGGCCUUACAGCGAACGUUUGCCCCGGGAACAUCUGUGAAGAAUUCCGGCCAUGCUACAUUUAUUACAAAGGCGUCCGUGGACCACAUUGUGGUUCAGCUUCUUCCGCUGUUGUACUUUGACCCGACAUAAUAUAUGACAUAGACUGUAAUAAUCGCAUGCCUGUCGACUAGUGUAAACUGACGUUUACACUAGUUCUUGUCUUUCGAGCCGCUGACGUCGAUCGGACCUGUUCCUAGUCAAACCGAAGCUCCUGUGAUCAUGCAGCUGGUCAUCCGCCGAUACCGUCCCUCAGACAAGGACACGGUGCAGAACCUGUUCAGCUUCGGCAUCCGGGAGCACAUCCGUCCGUGUUUUCACAAUGCUAUGAGCAGCCCUCUCUACCUCGCCAUCACCCUGGUCCUGUGUGCCGCUGGCUACCUCCUCGGCUCGACGUUGGGGGCUGCACUGCUACCGGCAGCCUGGGUGGGCCUUGUCUACUACUGCUGUCACCAGUUGUACGCCAGCUUCGUCAGUGGGAAGCUUCAGACAGAUAUGCGGGACAUCCCCGCGCACUAUCUGACCAGACCGGACGACUGUUUCUGGGUGGCUGAGGCUGAGGUUGACGGGAGGGCGCAGAUCGUCGGUAUGGUGGCUGUAGUCUGCAAACACAGUGGCAAAGAGAAGUACGGCGAACUGUUCCGAAUGUCCAUCUCACCGCAGUGCAGGCGGCUGGGCCUGGGCUCCAAGUUGGCUCAUGUCGUCAUCAAUUUCUGUAAGGACCGAGGCUUCUCCAAGGUGAUGCUGGAGACUAGCUCCGCCCAGACAGCUGCCAUGGCCCUGUACAGCAAACUGGGUUUCAGACAUGUGCUCAGCCACACCAACACAGUGUCUUACAGUUGGAUUGUUUAUCUGGCCAGGGCUGCGGUUAUUAGGAUGGAAAAACACCUUUAAACGUAAAAUGACCUCAAUCAGCUGCUCGGAUGUUCCCGUUCUGUGCCUCUUUUACAGACAGAAAUCAUUACGUCUAUGUUUUACAACAACACAGUUUUUUUUUAGUUGUGAAUAGAGAUCGACCGAUAUGGAUUUUGUUAGGGCCGAUACCGAUUUUGUUACAUCAGCCUUGGCCGAUGCCCGAUAUGUGCUGCUUUCUCAACCGAUAUUUGGAGCCGAUACUGCUUUUUCUCCCAGUAAAAAACUCAAAGAACAUGUAAGACUCUUAGGCAUACAAAAUAAACAGGUGUAAAGAAGUAGAGCACAAGCAUAUGUGUGUAUAUAUACAUAUACACACACACACACAUAUAUAUAUAGGCGAAAGCACCCGCAUAUCGGCCGAUGCCAAUACCACUAAAAACCACAAAUAUCAGCCGAUAUAUCAGUCGAUCUCUAGCUGUGAACUAAGAGAAGACAUUCAGAUAAACUCGUAUUUGGUAAAUGUGACAUGCUGCUGCUUCUAUAAGUGCUCUGGACCAAGAUUCACUGACUGUUGAUUGUUGUUCUGUAUAUCUGCUUUUAUGAAUAUUAGUUUCAAGUGCUGUUGUUUCAUUCCACAUAUAAUGAUGACUGUUAUUAAGAAACAUGCCUUUUUUUUUUUAGAUACAGACACACCAAACCUACAUCACAUAUCCACCAGCAGUAAACUCUGACUUGACAUUAGAUCAAGUUAGCUGUAUGUGCCAGCAGGUACCAGCAGGUGGCAGUAGUCCAUGUUCGUAGUUCAAAUGAGGAAACGUCAUGUUGAUCCGCUGGUCUAAAUUCACUCUUUCUAGAUGAUCAUGAUGCUGUGAUUUUUUUAAUAUUUUUAUAUUUUUUUGAAUGUUUGGAUGAGAUUAAGAUGUAAAACAGGAAGAGCCUUGCUUGUGUGUCCUUUGAACCUUUUUCUUUCGUUCAUCACCUCAUUUUCUCAUCUCUUGCACUAGUUCACAAAGCUGAGCAGCCAGUCAGACAGCUGUCUCUGACCGACUUGUUGCCAUGAGAAUUUCAACUUGUCAAAUAGUCUGAAAAGCUAAUGACAGAGGUACGAUUAACGGCAGCAGUUGUGGUGGAACUGGAAAACUGAAGAACAACCAGGCAUCCGUUUGGUGCGUUACAACUCUUUAAAAGGCCAGUACACUCACACAGGUGCAGACUUCACAUAAUGUUGCUGGUAUAUUGGAAAUUUUACUACUUACUAAUUCAGAAUAAUAUAAUAAUGAUAUAACUAAUAAUUGUAAUAAAUCAAAAUAGAAAGAAAAUUUAAUGGCUGCUAUGGUGUAUAAUUUACAUUGUUUUUUUUUUCACUACAGAGUUUGAUGUGUGCCAGUUAAAAAUACAGACCACUUUCAGCUUCUUUUCCCUUAAAUUACAGUUUAAUUACUUUUAGCAAUAGACUGAUGGCUGAUGCAUGUUAGCCUGCGUCCAGUCUUUGUAGCACAAAGUCAAAAGUACCAUAAAAACUCACCUUUCACACAAGCACAACGUAUAUAUUAAUAUGAAUGUGGAAGCUGCUCGUUAAGGUAAUUGUAGUUGUGCAGAUCUACGUUGUAACUACAAUCUUAACAAAUCUAUAAGAUUGAAGAUGAAAUAACCUUGCACCCAAACAGAUGAAACAAACCCAACGGAAAUGUCAGAGGGGUAAAUCGUAUUGAAGAAAAUCAAUGGAGCAAUUAGUUUUACUGACUAAAUAACUACGAUAUGUCAUACAUUUAAAGCUGUAAGAAACAACAAACCAAAGGAUGUUUCACUCCACACGACACAUGUUGGAUUUUGUCAAAAAAUAUUUUUAAAGGUCUUAUUUUUUUGAACAUGAAAGAUAAAUUUAAAGACAAAGCUUAUACCUCACGUUGGAUUUUAUGUUUUUUUGUUUGAUUGUUUGUUGGUAUGUUUUUACACACGUCUGUUUAUGUUUAGUGUGGAUCUGGAAAUACAACCUAUACCUCAUAUUUGAUUUAAAGCAGCAUUGCAUUUUAUAUUGUGAUUAUUAUGAUCACGAUAAUAUUACGAUAUUGAAAUUAAUUGAUGUGUCUGAUGUGAUUGUUCUGCAUCUUACUUUAAGAAAUGUGUAUAAAAUGCUGCUUGGGGAAAUCAUUAAAUUAGAUUUUAAAUUGUGUGCCGACAUCCUUUAUUAAAAGGUCUUACUAACAGCA